CCCCACUAGAAUAGAAUUAGGCAUCCCUCCCUUGGUCGAGUAGUUGCCCAGGCGCGAAAAAGGGAUCUCGAAAUCUAAAAUAUUAAGCGGCAACGCCAUCAAUUCGUAUCCCGCCAUCACAAUUUUCAUGAACGCGGGAAAAUCGGUAUUUCCAAUUUCUAUUCCACCCUAAAUCAUCGCAAAUCAAACACUCGUUGAAACCACUAACCUCUGGCACAUAUACCCAUACCCACGUACUCCUGUACCCCAUUUCACACAAACCCUAAAAAUAAAAACCCACUUUAAAGUACCAAAAUCACAUCAUUUCAUCACAAUUCUGCUGUGCAUCUUUCAAUCCGCGAGUUGUAACCACAUCUUGCAGGUCAAUUCGACGCGAAUUUCAGUUUUCAAGUUUCAAUUUUCAAAACCCUAGAUCAAAAUCGUUUUUUAGAAAUUAGGGUUUAGGGUUUGCGGAAAUGGGUGACCCGAUGGUUAUCGAUGUUGCUAAGAAAUCAACAAAGAGGAAGCGAGUUGAGAUGGUGAUGAGUUUGGAAGAGAGAACGUCACGAAUCGGGGUUUUACGUGAAGAAAUCGAGGGUUUGAUGAAGUAUUACAAUGAGGGUUUUGGCGGGGAGCGGUUGAUUGAUGUGGGUACAGUUAAGGGGGGUUGUUCGAGUAAUAUGAUGAUUGCUUGUUUGUUGGAAGAGAGUAGCCUGCCGUUGUCGAAACUGGUGGAGUCGAUUUUCGGGUUGGUUAAGGAGAAAGAUGGGGUGGUCACUGAGGCGGCUGUGAAGAGUUCGGUGAUUUUGAUUGGUCAGAGGUGUUGUUAUGGGGUUCAGAAUAUGAAUGCCGAUGUGUUGGAAGAUGAAUCUGCUUCUUGCCUUUGGUGUUGGGAGACAAGAGACAUUAAACUGCUUCCAAAAUCUCUUCGUGGCGCAACUAAAAUUCGACGUACCUGUCGCAAGAAGAUCCAUGAGAGGAUAACUGCUGUUUCUGCCGUUAUAACUGAACUUAUGAAGCCAGAUAGCACUUCAGAUAGUGGACAGAAGAUAAUGAAGGCAUCCGAAAGGCUUAGUAAAGUAUUGGGUGAAGCAGAAAUACGUUCACUUGUUGAAAAAAUGGAACAGAAAAAUGGCGCUGAUGUUGCUGAGAAAGACGUGAAGCGAGAAGAAAAACUAGCAGUGAAACAACUGGAGAAAAACAAACGUGAAGCUGAGAAAGAGAAAAUUAGAAUGGAGCGGGAGCUUUUGAAGGAAAAGCUGCAAACUGAAAAAGAGCAGAAACGGUUGCAAGAGGAGGCAGAAAAGGAAGAAAAACGCCGUGAAAAUGAAAUUAAAAAACAGCUAAAAAAGCAACAAGAAGAAGCAGAGAAAGAACAAAGGCGCCGUGAAAAAGAAGAAGCUGAACAAAAAAAGCAACUUGCUUUGCAAAAACAAGCGUCAAUCUUGGAGCGAUUCCUUAUAAAAAGCAAAAAUAAUUCACCUGUGCAGGUGGAACAGUCAACAAUUAAAGAAUCUGCUACCUGCAUUUCUCCCCAGGAAAAAGAACGUGUUCCUGAUACGGUUAUUCAGUCAAUGGAUAAUGCUCUCUCAUCAAAACAAGAGUUUGAUGCAAAAGAAUUAUGGAAGGUACACCUGAAUUCUUGGCAUCAAUCAAGCCACUGUAGUAGCAGAAAACGCCAUUGGGGCAUUAGACGGACCCCAAAAACAGCUUUGGUCAAGGAGCUUAAGCUAACCAGUAAGGGUGAAGAUGACCCAACUGUAGAAAAAUUUGAUGACGGUUGGAUUGAAAAUGAAUCAAAAACUAAUGCAAUCUCAGAUGGUUCAGCUUCUGGUAGCCAGAAACCAAGGCGGCGUAAACAGUUGCUACAGUUUGAUAAGAAUCACAGACCUGCAUUCUAUGGUUAUUGGCCCAAGAAAAGUGACGUUGUUAGAGGUCGUUGCCCUCUUGCUCAGGAUCCCGAUCUGGAUUAUGAGAUUGAUAGUGAUGAAGAAUGGGAAGAGGAAGAACCUGGGGAAAGUUUGUCUGAUUGUGAAAAGGAAGAAGAUGACGAAAAUAUGGAGGAAAAUUUAUCAAAAGCUGAUGAUGAAGAUGAAAGUGAAGAUGGGUUUUUUGUACCAGAUGGAUAUCUUUCAGAAAACGAGGGCGUUGAAGUUGACAGAAUGGAUGCCAGUGAAUUAACUGAGGAUGCUAAAAGUUCUCCUAACUGUGUUCAAACUGAAAUCGAAGAGCUUUCAGUACUGUUUAGACAGUUAAAGCAUCUUAACACUUUGACCGAACACGCUCUUAGGAAAAACAAACCGGUGAUAAUUUUGAAUUUGAUGCAUGAAAAGUCAAAGUCAAACUCCUUAUCAACUCAAGACCGCUCAGAAAGUGAACAAAUGUGCUUGCAAGCUCUGAGUAUCUGUGCCUUUCCUGUGGGACCGUCUAUUGAGAUAUCAACUGGUGAUGAUGUGCAAGAAGAGGUACAAGACGACCACCCGACCCACCCGUCAAGUAGCAAAAGUAAUGCUGUGCCAGCAGCAAGUGGAGUUACUACUACAAUCUCAGAUUCAGAUUUACCGGAAAUUGUUUCUGUUAUUCAGUCUUGCCCACAUGGGAUUAACAAAGUGGUGAACUCUUUACGGUUGAAGUUUCCAAAUAUCCCAAAAUCUCAGUUGGGAAAUAAAGUUCGUGAGAUAUCUGUUUUUACAGACAACCGUUGGCAGGUCAAGAAAGAUAUCCUAGAAAAGUUUGGCUUAUCAUCCUCUCCAGAGAAAACGGUAAAACGGACCAAAUCUAUCGCUGCUUUUUUCUCAAAAAGGUGUCUGCCGCCUACCGGUAAAACAACAAACCCUAAUCAAGUGUCUCCACAACCCAUGGAAAAAAGUUCAGCAGCUGUUGAAAUGCAGAUGAACACAUACAAUAAUCAGUAGUUAGUUUCUUCUUGUAUGUUGUGUUUUGGUACUGUUGCUGCACUAUAAUAAGGAUUCUGGCAUAGUGAAUACCUUCUGUCUACUAGUUGCAUGGAUUAUAUCAUAUAUUUUGCUAUGUGGCUUGUUCUUUGUCUACUAGUGCAUUUUGGGUUUGUGCACAAUUUUUUGUACUUUGAUGGCAUUAGUUUUAAAUACAAGAGAAUUUUUCA